AUAUACCAGCUACGGCAUUAAAUUUGAAGCCAUUAUCAUAUAUAGCCAUAUACAUUUGGGUGCCGGUGCCAUGUCAAGGGCAGGGGUUAUGACUCUACUAAUUGUGCUGCUAAACCUAGUCCUCUUGUUACUUCCAAAACCAGUUCUGUCUUCCCCUGUAACUGGAAUUAAAUGUUCGAAGGCUGUGCCUAUGGUAACUCCCUGCCUGGAUUAUGUGCGUGACAAGGCAAACGAACCUUCGAAAGCUUGUUGUUCUGGGAUUAAGGACCUUAAUGCCUACUGCAAGAACAAAGGUGAUAGGCAAGCUGCUUGUGAGUGCCUCAAGAAAGCAGUGGGCAAUACGAAAAUUGAUGUCCCUCGCGUUCUUAAGCUUCCACAUAAAUGUGGAAUGACCUCUUUUCUCUAUGGGGUUAAUGUCGACGUAGACUGCAAGAAGGUUCCUUAAGCCUCAGGUUAAAUCGGCAUGUGGAGGAACGAGCAAUAGUUGAAGGAGGCAUUUCUACCGAAAGAUAUUGUCGUAAUAUAAAAUAAGUUGCACAGUAAAAAUGAAGCAAAUGUAAUCUUCAUACUUGUGUCCAAGAAUACAACUUCAUACUGGCAUUACCUCUUUGUAAUUUUCUGUGUUAAGUAAAUGGAAAAGGUUAGUUUAAGCUA